GAGGAGAAGACAAAGCCGGCAAAGCCCCCACUGCUGCCUUUCUCUCCAGCCCAGGGCAGGGACCGGAGCCUCGGGGUCGUCCCUCCAUCUUUGGAACACACACUAGUAAUUCACUGAUAACAGGAAGUUAUGAGGGACCCUGUGAGUAGCCAGUACAGCUCCUUUCUUUUCUGGAGGAUGCCCAUUCCUGAACUGGAUCUGUCGGAGCUGGAAAGCCUGGGUCUGUCGGAUACAUCUACCUACAAGGUCAAGGACAGCAGCGCUGGCAAAAUGACGGGGCAAGCGACCGAAAUAGAGCAGGAGAAAAGCCCUGAAGGUGAUCCCCUCCUUCAGUACAGCACCUUCAACUUCUGGAGAGCUCCCAUUGCCAGCAUCCAUUCCUUCGAAUUGGACUUGCUCUAAGCCCAAGAUUUCUCUCUCCCACCACCUUGCCCUCAUUGUCUUCCCUCUGAAGCCCCUUUCUUUCCACCUUUUUCCCCUAUUAAUCUUGCUCUCUCCCCUCCACUGUGUUGAGGUGGUGCUGAUGAAUCUGCCGGAGUUGUGUUGUAUUUAUUUAUUUAUUAUUUAUUUAAUGUAUCAGUUUCUCUCAAAAGCCCUCAAGCCACAAAGUAAAGGGUUCAAGCAGUGGAGUACUUACUGGGUCACAGGGAUUCCUCCUCCCUACUCCAUAUUAAUUCCAGAAAACAGGCCUGAUGGGGGCACCAGAGAGUAGUAUAGUAGGGUAAAAUGGAAGGAUUUCUUUUACCUCAUUUUAAUCAGCUCUAGAGAUUGUUCAAACCUUCCUAAUUUCCUGCUCUAGGCCAGUAAACACAAAUAUUUCUUCAAGAGUUGAUAAAUACCUUGUAAAUUUUAGUUUGAGGUUAUCUGUUACAAGACAGUAGGAUUUCUAAAAAGCUAAGGUAAUAAGACAAACUUGCUGUUUUGAUUCUGCUCCUUCUUGUAAUAUACUCUUUCUCAGAAACUGGGGAUAAAGGUAUAAAACAAGAGGGAAUAAUAUGUCUUGGAAAAUAAAAACAGGGGAAGCCCUGAAUCAUUUCAAAAUAGCCUACUCACUUGACUAUUUUGCUCAGUAAUUUCUGAGGACAAUUAAUUUCAAAUCUUACAAUGCAAUAUUGCUGACUAUUAUGAUAAUUGGUAAGGUUUUGAUUCUGUUUCUAAAAGUCAUAGGGUUUGGUCUGUAGUACUUUAGACUUGCCCGCCUGCGUUUGCAAUGUAUCUUAAUCAAUGGGCCUCAGGCACAGUUCUUCAGCUACCUUGAGACCAUGAAAUGAACAAUCACAUUCUGACCUUCAGCCUGUUCCCACUCCUUCCAAAAUUUUUGCUGCUGAUUUGUGCUGCCAUUUACUCAUUUAUUUAAUAAAGACAUUCAAUCCCA